CUAUAGGACUUACAUGUAUAACAUGUAGAUCCAAUUACCAGGUGGAUAUGCAAAUAUACAGGUAAAAUGGGCUGUGUAUACUCUCAAACUGUCUUAUCCUUCACACCAUUACUCUCUGAUGAUCAGGAAAGAGUCCAGGUUAAAGAACGACGCUCCAAGUUUGGAAGAUUCCGUAAAACAUCUGUGAAGUUUGAGAAAAUGGAAUCAAAGACUGCUAAAUUUCUUCCUUGUGGCUGCAACACUAAAUCCAACAAGAAGACCAAAACUACGGAACUGACACUAGAAGAUGCCAUCCGGUUGCGGGACAAGGCUUUGAUCAUUAAAAUGAUGUUUAAUAAUGAAGAAGAGACAGGUUGGGGAACAUUGGAUGUUAGAAAUAAAAAACAUGCCAAGAUAAGUCCAGUAGAACUCGCAUGUAAUCUGGGAUAUUCAGAAAUUGUUGAGCUUUUUCUUGAAAAUGGAUGUAGCCCCAAUUUACCCACAAAAACUGGGCGUUUAAUUCAUUCUGUGUUGGACUCGAUGAAAUCCGAACAUUUUAGUUGGUCAGAAGGAUAUGGUUUACUUUCUAAGUUGCUUAAUCUUGGAUGUGAUGUAAAUAUUAAAGACAACCAGGGUCAUACAACUUUGUUAUAUUGUGCUGAGCUCGGACAUAUUGAUACAAUGGAAAUGAUAUUACAUUAUGCUGCUACCAAUCAAUUAAGCACUCAGUGUGGUGGGAAUUUAUACACCCCUUUACACAUGUCUGUAAUGAGAGGAGACUAUGAAAUUGUGAAAAUUCUUCUUCAACAUAAUGCUAAGAAACAUAUUAACGUGCAAGAUAGCCAUGGAAACACAGCACUUAUACUGACAUUACAGGCUAUGUUGCAUUGUGCUCAAUACCUCAUGGCUAAUAAUGAACCAAACCCUGCUAUUUCUAGUGAACAACAGUUGAUUUUUAAGUACAAUUCUAUAGCAAUUCUGGAAGCGCUUCUUAAUGCUGGUGCAGAUCCAAAUAUUGCAAGCGAACAUGUUCAAAUGAGUUCAGAUUAUGGCUCACGCCAAAUUUACCGAAUACCGCUUUUUAUAGCUUUGCAACUAGCUAUGUGUGAGUUGGCUUAUGCCAAGAUUUCUCCUGUUUCAUUGAGUAAACUUUAUUCUCUAUCACGACACCGACUGCAAGUUUAUAAUGACAUAUUCAGUGACUUAACUUAUUUUUUAAAUGCAAAUACAUCGGAUGAAUCUAGUAAUUUAAUCAUUCGUCAAUCCAGUUCUGGUCAGAAAUUAGCUAGUCCUUCGGAGGAGGAGGAUGAAGAUGAUGAUUCUGCUUUACCUUAUGCAGGAAUGGUGAGAUUAUUGAUGUUGUCAGGGACGAAUCUAAGUACCUUUACACCUGAAGAUAUCAGCAGAGCCUACCCAUCAGUUGAGCCACUCAUUAGAGAAAUAUUUGAAUUCUGGAGGAAAUUUUCCCAUGAAAAGCCUCCUCGACUAUUACAUCUGACAAAGCAAGUUAUUCGUGGACAUUUAGCCACUGUACGAAAACUUCAUCAAAUUGAUGAGCUGCCAUUACCUGCUAGAGUUAAGGAAUAUGUUAAACUGAAAUCACUGUGAAUGGUUACAUUUUCAUUCUGUAAACCAAUCCGAUUAAAAUACAGAUCU